AUGUCAACUCGCGCGGAGUAUCUCGCUGAGGGGGCGCAGAGUUUCUUCGACUGCAACGCCGACAGCCACCCGCCAAAUGGAAUCCACAACUACGUCAAUACCAGAAGCGAAUUGAAGUGUUACGAUUCUGUUCUGUCUGGAUUUUUGAAGGAAAUAUUUCCCUGUCAAAACAAAUUUCUUGAACGAUGUGACGCAAGGGCGGGUAACAGUCCUUCCUUCUUUAUAUCCUACCAUUUAGCCGAAGUUGUUCUAUUUCCUCACGUAUGGUUUAUGAGCGCAUGAUAGACAAGGUGCAUUGCUCGGCAUUUACCAGAGGAAGAUGCUGAAUUAUAAUAGCUGCUUUGAAUAAUCCAUAAUAUUUUUUCCAAGUUUUAAAAUUGCUCACUUGAUAGACAAGUUUCAACUUGGGAGACAUGGGGUUAAUUUGUUCUGGCACUCCCAUUCAUUUCUUCCCUUCCACCCAUCCCUCCUACUCACGCUUUCGAUUUUCACCUUCUCUGUACUCUUCAUAAUCUACAUUAACAUGAAAAAUGGCUCUGAGUUAAUAGCCCAUGAGGCCGAAGGCCGAAUGGGCUAUUGACUCGGAGGCCAUGAGUGCGAGAGGAAUAAUUGUUUUUACAAAAUCCAACUAGUUGGUCAAAAAUAAAGGCCGAAAAAAACUCAAAACGAUUGAACCUGAAGUAGCGACCACUUAUCAUGAGCGAAACGCUAAGAUCAUGUGAAUGCGAGACCGAAUAGAAAGUCUCCUUCUCAUCUUUGUAUUAUAUUUUCUCAUAAAUCAAAACGUUUAAAGGUUGGAACACACUCUCGACAUGUCGCUGCAACAAGUCGAGAGGAAAAACCACUCCCUCUCCACAGGUCAAGCGACAAGUAGCUGCAACAGGUCGGAGCCCCAGCGAUACGUCUCAUCAAGAAAUCGCCACGUGUGCAGAAUUGCGUCGCACAAAACACAAACCAGUUUGAGUUUGUGCGGCUUGUCACGACGACAAAAACGUGUCGCUUGUCGCGCAAACAAAGGUUUUCACAAAAAAAUCUCCAGUACGAAGCCAUUUCUUUGCUGCAACAUUUGCCGCGACUUAUCGCCUAGAGUACUGACGAACGCUUAAAAGGACGACUCUCUCUUGCCCCCUUUCAAUUGUGUUCGCUUUUUCAAGUCUUUAAAUGAGCCACUGAAAUGAGCAAGGAAGUCAAUGACUUCCUGAAGACUCAAGGAAAAAAUCCUUCAUUUUUGCAAUGUAUAUUUUCUACUGAUUUAUUGUAUCUUUUUUUCUUCAGGUGUAAAGCCAUACAAUUUUAAAAUGAACUGUGACAGUGGUAGGCCCUUUUUAUUCUAUCCACUUGUAACUAUUAAGAACAUUCAUUUGUGGUUACAGUAUUGGACACUACAGGGCUCGAAAUUACGUUUUUGGAUAACUAACCCUUUGGGUUAGUGGGCAUAACUUUUACUAACCAAAUUAUAAAGUUUAUUAUCCAAGAAUGUGCUCUUGAAAUAAGAAUAUUUUAAUUAUUUCAACUAAUGUAUGGAUGGAUUGGUUCAAAUUACAUGAUGAUCUGCAAAACGAAAUAUAUAGAAGAUUUAAUGCUCAUUUACAUGUUCUUUUCAAUUACGUUACUCGAGGGGCGUAAACACUGAAAAUAGGUUGUUUGUUUAGACUCAACGAUUUUUGGUGGAAGGUUCUUUCUUUUUUCAUAAGCCCUCCACACAGGAGGCUUCUAUAGGGUUUAAAAAGAAACUGUUCUUCUUCUUUGUCGUUAUUCUCGAUCUUCCAUUUCCUCUUCACAAAUUUUGGGCAGCGACCUUUUUCUGAAAAAACUAUCCAAGCGUAUCUCUAUCUGAUCUGUAUAAUAAAUAGGUUGCAGGAUGCAAAUGAGCCACCUUCAAAAGACAUAUUAAGGACUUUGUCGGAUUGUGCUGUAAGCAUAUCUGUUAGCACAAUAAAUUGAUCGGGAUAGAACACAAUGUUAUGCAAAAAAGAAACAGGUGUAAGAUUUUCAACGGUGUUGGUAUAGUAGGGCCUAUUUUUAGUAACCCAAGUUUAGAAACUACUAACCGUUGGUUAACGGGUUACUGUUGAUUUCGAGCCCUGCACUAAUUCUUCACUAAUUAAAAAUUAUUCCUCGAGCCCGAAUGCGCUCUGAGUCAAUAGCCCAUGAGGCCGAAGGCCGAAUGGGCUAUUGACUCAGAGGCCAUGAGGGCGAGAGGAAUAAUUGUUUUAGUACAAUCCAACUAGUUGGUCAAAAACAACUUUAGCUAGCAAAACGCCAUUCGGCCGCCAUUGUUUUGGCUUCCAAAGCUGGCGCUUUUCGCUACUAGUGGGCUAUAACAUAUAGCCUAGUAGUAGCUCAACCAAUCAGAACGCAGCAUUGAUAAUAGACCACUAGCUGGAUUUUACUAAUUUUUCUUAGCCUGCGAAAACAUCCAUCUCUCCUUGCUCCUUGCCGCGAGGGAUGUUUUUACAGGAGGAAAGGAAUGUUCAUAGCGGCAACAGAGGGGAGAGAGGUUACAUUUUUCUUCUCCUGUUGCCAGAGGGCAAUGGCAUCUGGAUGGACUUCCAAACCGAGCAGCCCUCGCAAACACAACCGACAUCAACACCCCGGGUAUUUCACCAACACCAGGUACCACCCCUAGCCCGCCAGGUAAAUUAUAGGUGUUGUUAUAGAUUCACCAUUGAGCCUUGAAGUAAAUUGGUAAAUUUGACAUAUAUAUAGAACCAACGGUAAUACCAGUACUGAGACGAAAGUAUGAUGUUAGACUAGCUACACCCACUUAAACUGCGAUAAGCCUUUUUCAGCCGGAAAAGUUUCUAAAGAAAAGGAAGCGAACUAAAUAAUUGUAGAAGGACUUUACCCUUUUCCAACUUAUAGAUGCCAAUGUAAAAAGUAGGACAGGAUAUCAGCACCAAUUUUAAAGUCUAUUAGGCGAACCCAAUUAACUAGUAACAGUACGAUCGUUUAAAAGUCGUUUUAAAAGACGGCGGUGGCUAUAGAAGGCAGCCACCCCAAAUCUAAUGACAAGAACUCGCCUUGUUUGUCCUUAAUUUUGCAUAGUUUGUUUAAUAAACGGUUAAAUUUCUACUAAAAGUUCUUCUUUUUCUCUACCUUUUUUUUUUACAGCGUGCAUAGAUAACCACCAAUUUUGUUCUGACUGGGCAAGAAUAGGAGAAUGCCAGAGGAACCCUGGAUACAUGUCAUUCAACUGCAGGAAAAGCUGCAAGCAAUGCAGCUAA